GCGGGCUUCCUGUUGUUCCCGGGCGCUGCCCGCUCCUCACAACUACGGUUUGUUUGAUAUGCUGAGUUUCAAGCAUUAAUACUUUGCAGCUUGUGUUAGAAGCUGACUUUUGGAGCUGAAUUAUGGCAUGAAAACUGCACGUUAUACUCAAAAGAGGGAAAACGAGCUGGACAAACAACGACUUUUGAACCGCGUCAUCGUAAAUGGGCUUCCCCUGAAGUGAAGCCAGGCCACAUUUGGCUCUCACCCUUCUUCAUCCAAAGACAUGGCAGACAGUUUUUACAAGUUAGAAGAUGAAGCCUUCCCCAGUUUCCUCUGCAAGUCUAUGGACAGCACCAGUGGUCGCACAACACUGGGGAAUGUGACAUUGGGUUCAGGCCCAGGACUGCCAGUGGCUGCCUCUACUGUGGCUAAAAUUAGACCUGCGUCUGACAACAGAGGAGAUCCUGUUGAAGCAUCUUAUGUUGAGGGUAAAGAAGUGCAGCCCGCCAACACACAGUCGUCUGUGGCGGAACAGAAGUUUGCCCUAAGCUUUAAAGAUGAUAUGGACAAUGCAGAUGAUUUUAUUGCAGCCCACCGACUAUCAAACAUGCUGGUGAAAAUUAAUCUGGAUGAGAGUGCAUCUCAAAACUAUGACUCCUUGCUUGGGCUGCCUCCCACACAGACGGGCUCUGGUCAUGGUAGACCCACAGAACUAGGAACAGAUUUAUCAACUGGACUUCUAACAUUUGCCAAGUUUGGACAUAAGGAUGAAGAUGCAAAGUCCUUUCCAGCUACUGCUGUAGAAGACAGUGUGCAGAGUGAGGGAAUGGACAGUGACCAUUUCAGUGGCAGUAAUUCAAGCUUCUUGGCAAAUGAGCAGCUCAUGUGUGUGGACAGCAUUAACAGCGAUAUCACAGAUGAUGACAUUGAUUUGAACAACCUGCCUGAUGACGAAUUAGAGCUGUACUUCAAUAAGCUGGUCCCUCCUGCCAUGCAGAGAGGUCAAGUGGAGGGCCAGGAGAUUCCUGCUGCUAUAAGAGGACUGCCUGCUACUUUUGAUGAUCUAUCAAACUCCAGUGCAGCAGAGCCAGAACUGUAUAGGUACCAGUUCAUCGAUGACUACAAUCAGGAGCACUUCCAGAUGCCUGACGUACGUCUGGCUGCAACAGGUAUGGAUUCCUGUCCUGCUAGUGAUGAAGACACAGACGAUGAGCUGGAGUCUGCCAGGAAGAACAGCAGUGCUACCAGGAUGCGGCUGCUACCAAGCACCUCAAGGCAACUAGUUGGAGAGAACAACCGCCCCAGUUUCAGGCCUGGUUUAGAGGGAGGCAGUUCUGACGAUGAGUCCCUCAGUGGUCGUGGCGGGCCAUCAGCGUCUGGUAUUGAACACAGACGAUCUGCUGAGGGACAAGUCAUCAACCCUCCUGUUGCAGGGGAUGGUGGAGGUGGAGAUGGAAGCAGUGGGAGUGAGGAAAGUGGAAAUGAUGGGGGAGUAUCGACAAUCCCCCUUCCAACAGCUAAUGUCCAGACUACUUAUGAUGUCCUGCGUGGGCUAGGGAUUGUGGGUAGCAGUGCUGAGGGUGAGGAUGAGAAUGGUGAUCUGAAUUUGGAAGGGCAUGGAAAGAACAGCGUUUCCAGACAUAUUGAGAUGGGCGACCGUGUGGCUCCUGUAGGAACAGGCAAGGACAGCUCCUCUGUAGGGGCAUCGCUGGGAACUCCUGUGAACCGAAGCAUGAUCCUGGACCAUCAGGAGAGACUGAUGCUACUCCAAGAAUGUGAUGAUGUUGAUGAUGAAGUAGAUGAACCUGAUGGUGCCAGGCCCUCAUUGGACUUAAGGAGAGGAUCCUGUAGAAAUGUGACUGCUGCAGAGGAUUCUGGCAAUACUAGUGAGGAUGACAAAUAUCCUCUUUCCACAUCACUGGAACCCAAGUACUUCUCCCAGAGCUUCACCCAGGACCAAGAAGAUUCUGAUGAUGGCUGGAACCAUUGCCCAGACAACAUGGAGCUUGAGUUUCAACAAGGAGCCACUCACAGUGUGGUAUACCAGGAUGAACAAGGGCAGUGGGUGACAGACCUGGCGUAUUACUCAUUAUUUAAGAAAGAGGUUGAUGAGAAAACAUCAGAAGAGCCUGGCCACUUUGAGAUGGAGGACUUUGUUCCUGCUAAUGAUGCUUUGGAAAAGAUUGUUAAAGAUCAGGAGGAGUUUGAAAAAGAGCACCAGUUUAUGCAGGAGGAAAAGAUUGAGCCAGCGAGCAGCAACUGCACCUUUCAAAGUGACACCUCAUGGAAGGUCCCCUCCAGUAGCCACAUUCUGAUGAGGGCUUCUCAGGUCUCCUCAGAAUUUCAGCGGGACAACCAAAGCUACCUGCGAUUGUCUUUAGGGGAGUUCUUUAGCCAGCGCUCCGAGGCCCUGGGCCGUCUGGGCUGCACUGAUGAUGUGGAUGCAGUUAAACGGCCAUCCUUUGGCUACAUCAUUACAUCGCCAGAGAAGAGGGAACCAUUUGCCCUGAUUCACCCCUCAGAGUUCUCAGCUACCGACAGUUCUCCUCACAGUGAAACCAUGGAACUCAGGGAAACAGACAAAACACUGAAUCCAGAGGACUUAGACAAGACUCUUGAGGCUCCAGGUGAAAAGAUGUCACAAAACGGAAAUACUGAUCUGGAACACUGUGAAGAAAAUGUACAGGGCUCUACUCUUGGAGGUAACAGUGGUGGCUCUUUUCCUGGAUCAAGCUUGGGCAACCAAAGCUGUAUAUCUCCUGACAACAAUAGUCAUCUGAUGCUCAGCAUCAGCACAAUUGCUUCUGCCAUUGCAGAUGCAUCCAUCAGCACUGACCCAUCACAGCUAGCUCAAAUGAUCAUGGAGCUCUCAAAGAAGCGUAAAGCAAGGAAACAAUCUGCACCUCUUGGACCUGCAGUUACCAGCAAAGAAGAACAUGUAUUCUCUCAGCCAGAUCAGGACUUCAUGUUGGACACAAUGCAGAGAAGUGCCUGUUCUGGAGAGCUUAGUGCCUUUGACAUGGAGAAAUACCUGAAAAAGACUGAUAUGUCUGAUAGCAGUGAUCCCUCUGUGGCACAUACCACCUUUGACCUGACUGGCUGGGCUGAUAACCUAAGUAGAAGCUCUCAUGCAGGAAACUCUAAGGACCAAGGGAGCUCAACUCACCAAGUGACAACUGAGAUUAAAAAGAUGCCCACAAGUACACAAAAUGAGGACAAAGGAGAAAUCGCAUUGAACACGAGUUCAUCUAAAUUGUCCAUUUCAAAUAUUUCAUUAGCAGCUCAUAGGAAUGAAUCAAGAAGAAGCUCUAUUCCCAUUAAAUCCACAAGUUCUGCAAGAAGACUUGUGGGCUCGGUGCAGUCCUCCAAAUCUCCUCCAGAUAUCAAUGCAACUUCUUCUUCAAAUACUUGCAGUUCCUCACGCAGGACAGCUUCAGAUAAUGAAGUCAAGCCAGAACAAAUAAACUUGCGUUCAUCCAACAAUAUGUCAUCUUUCAAUAAUCAAACUGGUGAUAAAGCCUCAUCUAACUUGCCAAGAACUUCCUCGAGCCAGACAAAGGUUUCCUCAGCCUUGACUCAGAAGAUGAGGAGCACUGGGCCCCAGAGUCAGGACAUACCCAUUAAUUCUACAGGGAAGAAAUCAUCAUCCAGGGACAUGCCUUCUCCACAGCCGCCACCAGAUCCUCCUUGUGAGCAGCCAAAAGGUUUUUCAGAGAUGUGUGCGGAGGAGACUCUAUAUAACUUCAGACCGUCCACCUCGCCACUCACUCACUCCUCUCCAAGUCAGACCUCAAUUCCCAGUGCCCAUAGUGUGGCUUCACCUCCUCCAUCUGGUAGAGCUCUUGCAAACAAAUGUCCAAGUCCUGACACGUCUCCUCAGUCUACCUGCUCCAGUCCUAGUCUCAGCAGGCUCACAUACAUCUCAGUGAAUGAUGGUGCUGUCAUACCAACACCUGAGAGACAAAAGAGCAAUUGUUCCAUGGCAUUAAGCACCACCAUCAUCAGAUUCAGUCCAACUCCACCUGUAGAAUCUGAUACACAGCCAAACCCGAAUGCUCUUGCCCUGGCUAAAAACCUGGACCAGGUGCAACCUCUACAUUCAAAAAGUCUGGAUCCACUACCAGCACAGCAAUGUAAAAGCCUGGAGCCCUCAUGCAGUGCUCCUGCUCUGAGCUGUAGUCGCAGUCAGAGUGAAUGCAAUUACUUCUGUCCAAGGGACAAAUCUAGUGACUUUUCAGCAGGUUGCAGAGCCCACCAGCCUCUCUCAGAGUCUAAUGUAAAACAGCUCUCUAAAGUUGACUCGGGCUAUUGUAGCAAUCUGAACAUUCAGCAGACUGCUGCUCCUCAGAACCCUCAGCAGUGGGGAGCUUCCAGCUCAGUCCCAUCGUCGGUGUAUGCUGGUGGCCUUGGCAUACCAGCGUCCUACUCAGCAGAGGGACUUCACUAUGUGCCGAUGCCCAGCUUUAAGCCCCAGUGUGCUGGUUUGAUUGCCCGCCAAGAAGACGUGCCGUCUGUCCUCAGUGGACACCCUCUGUUCAGCUCCCAACUGGCUCAGCCAUAUUUGGCAUCUGAAGCUCCAUUACAUCCCAGUGCUUUUCAUGCAGCGGCAGGAAAUGGUGUCUACACUGUGCCCUCUACAGGGAUACCAAACAAUAAUCUAACAAUGAGAAACUUACAUCCUGCAUUGAGGCCUGUAGGAAUGUCUGGAGCUCCUGUUUCUCAUCACCCCCCUAGACCCCAUCACAUCCAACAGGACUUCGAAAUGAUGGGCAAACUUUAUAAUCCUUAUGGAGCAGAGCCACUGUUAGCAGGUGGUCUUGAAGAACUGAAAGGCCAAGUGGUUGUGCCAGAGGAGCUCCGAUUCCCCCAUGCUUGCUGCAUAGGCAUUGCAUCACAGACCUCGCUCAGCAUCUUCAACCCCUCUGAAAGGUGGCAGCAAGUGUCAAUCACUGCCACCAACAUGGCCAUUGAUGGAGAGAAAGUGGAAAGCUUCCCGUAUCAGUGUCUGAUAGUUAAGAACAAAACAAUCAUUGGACCGAAGAGUACAGAGGAGCAGAAGGUGUUGUUCAUACCUCCACAGCCCGGCGUCUACCAGUGUGUCCUCAGUGUUUGCUCUUGGCCUGCGUCUGCUGAGACAGAGGUGGCUGCUCGUGCUAACGUGUUCAUCAAGAAGGUGUUGCUUGUUGCCAUAGCAGAGAAUCCUGUAAUAGAAGUUGAAGUAGGCAAAUCUGGCUGUUUAGAGUUUGGAGAUCUUCCAGGAGGCAGUACCAAAUGUCUUCCUCUAAAACUGAUCAACAGGACACACGCCACAGUACCCAUCCGUCUGGUCAUCAGUGCAAAUGCAACAGCGUGGCCAUGCUUUACUUUUUCCAAACACCCCAUUGCUAUUACAGCUGAGGGAACGAAGCAGGCUGGACACACAACCCCGGCACCUUCUUCCUCAGUGGUGAAUCAUGUAAUGCAUGCAAGUUAUGAAGAGAAUUCAGAAGGUUUCAUCAUAUGGGUACAUUUCAAGGCCCCUCAGAAGUACACAGGCUUUUCAGCAGGAGAGCUUGUUUCAGCCGAUGAGUACAAUGCUCGGGUGGACAUUGAAGUGGAUUCUCCUGGUCCAAGCCAUGUAAUCAGGAGUAUUCCCCUUAGGGCCAGGUCUGGAAUCGCAAGGGUCCAUGCUCCUAAAGACCUGCAGACUGUGAGUCUGUCUGCUCCACCUGGUAAAUGUAGUCAACAAGCACUGCCAUUAAAAAAUGCUGGAAACAUUGAUGUGCAGCUAAAUCUCAAGACCACUCAUGGUGUGGACUGUUUUUCUGUGACACCUUCUGAACUGUUCCUGACUGUUGGUGAAGAACAGGAAAUUUUUGUCUCCUUUAAAGCACUGUACAACAAGAAAUGCAGAGAAAGCCUUCUCACCAUCCUGGUGCUGCCUUCAGGUCCUCAAUAUGAGGUAACACUGAAAGGAGAGGUUGCUUCAGAGGAAUCUGGAAAAUCUGCCAUUCCCUCCACUGCUGCCUUUGCCCACAGUGUAGCUAAUGACGUCCCCCCAAUUCUCUCUAAUAAACAGUUUGUAGCCUGGGGAGGGGUCACUUUGGGGAGAGCCGUCCAACAGAAAUUGGUUUUGAGAAACAACUCUACCAGUAUCACACAGCAACUACGGUUGCUCAUUCGGGGUCAAGACCAAGACUGCUUUCAGCUCCAGAGUAUGUUUAGUCCUGAAGAGCGCCUGACUCGACAUGGGGAGCUAUCGAUUCGCCCUAAAGAGGAUGUGACCGUCCACCUGCUCUUCGCUCCCACCAGGGUGGCCUGCAUGUUGGCCAAGCUGGAGAUCAAACAGUCCGGAGCACGGCCUUCACAGCCAGGGGUCAAAUUCACUAUUCCACUGUCAGGCUAUGGUGGCACCAGCAACAUCAUACUAGAGGAGCAGAGGAAACAGACAGACGGCUAUGUGGCGACGCUGACCGAUAUUGCUGUUGGUCAUGUCAGCAAAGUGUGUCUGUGUGUGAGAAACACUGGCUCAAGAGCAGCCUUCAUCAAAGCUGUGGCCUUUUCUGAUAUGCAGAGGCGCUCAGCUUUGGAGGCACGCGUCAUCAGCCUUGCACCAUCACAAUUCAUACUCAAGGAACGGACACAAGAGGUGAUAACUGUGCUCAUGAAGUCUACUCAAAGAGAACAGGGCCUGUGUAAGUUGGGCAGUGCCGUGCUGGCUACUAUCUGUUUGUUCUGUGGAGAUGAGGUGUCCAGGCAGCAGUACAGGAGGUUGCUACAAAGCAAACCAGGAGCUUCAAGCAAGGUUUUGUCUGAGAACAGUCUACUGAAAAACAUUGACUUUAAUGAAAAAUUUCUUGGAGAGGAAAAUAUUACAGAGACCUACGAUCUGCCCCUACGACCCAACGAGGCUCAUAUCUUCUACGCAAACAUGAGUAAGGUUGUGGUAUCAUUGCUGGGGAGUGCAAAGAGUGAGGAGAGAGAUCCCACAGAGAAAUCACUGUCCUCUUCUACUCAUUGUUUGGAGACAGAUGGUGGUUUGACAAAUGGCAAUGUGUCUUUGGAUGUACUGCCAGUCAAGGGACCCCAGGGACCAGCACUGAGGGUGACAGAAGCCUCUGUAAAGGCUCCCCAGCAAUUACAAAAGCAGUCUGAGUCCUGGACCAUCCAUCCAGAACAGCUUGUCCUCCCUGCCCCCACGAUCAGUGGUGCAGUCAACACAAGUCAGAUUCAGAUACGGAACAACACAUGCAGAGAACUGAACUUUGAUUUGUCCUGGCCUGCUCACUGCCUCACCAUCACCCCUCAGCAUGGAGUCAUUGAGCCUCAGUGCCACCUGCAGAUUUUGAUCAGUCCCAACCCUUCACUAGCAACUAAACCUUCCAUACUGCCAUGGAGUGGACAGAUUUAUGUCGAGUGUGAUGGUCAACAGAAGUUUAUUAAGGUUCAGAUUCGUCAGGACCUUGCUCUGGAUGUGUCUGCAGCCCCAGCAGACAAGUCUCUCUCAGCCCUUCCUCCCCAGGCUGCCACCCCUGUGCUGCCUGUUGUCAGGCCCACCGCCAGGCCCUCAGAACUCUUGCAGACUCCACAUACAUCUCAGGCUAUAGUGGAGAUAAACAACAAGACCAUUGUGUUUCCCAACACUCCCUCAGGGGAAAACUCAGAGGCUCAUCUUCAGGUUCAGAAUGGGCAAGUGGAAGUGAGGUGGUACCUGUCAUCAUUUGCGCCUCCAUAUGUUAAGGGGGUUGACAACACUGAAGAUGUUUAUCGCGCCACCUACACUGCGUUCAGAUGCUCUAAAGUGUCAGGAACUUUGGGAGCCCAUGAAAAGAUGGAGGUGCCUAUUACUUUCCUGCCCAGGGACCGGGGAGAUUAUGCCCAGUUCUGGGACUUGGAGUGCCACCCAGUGUCCGACCCCCAGCAGAAAACCAGAAUUCGCUUCCAGCUCUGUGGCACCGGAUCAAAGUCUGGACCAGUGGCAGGACCUCAGGAGGGAGACUGUUCUCUGGUGAAAACAGAGCCCACAGUCAAGACCAGAAAGAGACCUGAUGCUUCAGGAGUCAAAUCUAGCCAGGAGGAAGGUGUGCGGCGAGGUGUGUACUCUCCACAGGACUUGUACACCUUCCCAGCAACACGAGUGGGCGAAACCAGCACGCUGAAGGUCAACAUUCGUAACAACUCCUCCAACCUCCAUGAGCUGACAUUUGUAAACCCAACAGAGCCCUUCCACAUCAAGCAUUCUAAAUACACCCUGAGAUCCCAGCAUUAUCUGAAACUACCGGUCCAGUUCAAGCCCUGUACUGCGGGCAGACACAAUGGCUUGCUGCUCAUCCAGUCAGAAACAAGUGGAAGUCUUGUUAUCCAACUAACCGGUGAGGCGUCACCUUGAACUCUAUACUGCUUCCACAUUCUGGCUGGCAGUAUUUGGGUGGAGGCUCCUCUCUGUGCAACUCUGCAUUGGAAGAAGGGGAGAAACCAAGAUGAAGGACAAAUAAAGCAAACCCUGGACCCAUCUGUUGUCCUCAUAUUUGGAGCUGUGUAGACUGUAGCUAAUUAAACAGAAAUGACUGAGAAUGCCCUGCCAACACAUCCACAUCUGUCUGUAGGGAAGACGCAGGUGUCCAGAGCUCACCCAUGAAAAACAAUUUGGUGGAACAAGCUCAGUAUCAGUUCACAUCCCUCCAGCAAAUCAGACGUGGUGAUUUUUUCGAUUUCCCAGUUGACUCUAGUAUUUGCUUUAUCCCUGAGUCAUGACACAAAGCAGUAGCGUUGUUAGCUCUCAGAUGGCAGCCAUACCAGCUGGGACACGCCCUGGAUUACAUGUAGAAAUUGCUUAUUGUUUUGAAAACAUGAAUGCAAGGAUGACUUGUCAGCACCAUGUGUUUGUUUUUCCAGCUUCUUGCAGCAUUCAUUCCAAACAAUCUACAUGUAUUUGAUGUAAUUGCAAUCAGUUCACCUUGGUAGCGCUGCUUGUUUUAGUUGCCAAGGCAAAAUAGUGUCCAACACUGUUGAAUCUCUGGGAAUAGUCAUCCUCGUCGCCUUUGGCUGUGGGGCAAAUAGCCAAACCUGGAAACCGAACUGAAACUGGAAUGACUUCAACAAAGAUUACCAUAUGUCCUGCAUGUGUUCAUGGCACAUUGUAAAUGAAAAACACUAGUGUGGAGCAAUAGUUUCCUGUUUGAAUGGUGUUUUAUGAAGGUUGCGUAGUGCGUAAGGCUGCACUUAACACUCCCUGGAAACUGUCUCAAAACAUUUUAACAAUUUGCACAUGUAUUAAAUGUAUGUACACUUUCAAUAAAGUUUUUUUUUCCCUGAA